CAUUUGAGUAAAAAACACUGUCAGAGAAAUAAGACGCUCUGGUUCAUUUGCAUUUUCAUCAUCUUUGGAGGCCUAUAUCAAAUCAAAACACAGGAUGGAAAAAGGUGAAGGACCUCCUCCAGAUAUCAAAGUUUCUCCAGAUAUCACAGUUCCUCCAGAUAUCACAGUUCCUCCAGAUAUCACAGUUUCUCCAGAUAUCACAGUUUCUCCAGAUAUGCCAGCACCACCAUAUCCUGGCCCCCCUUUGGAAGACAACAUGGUCAAUAAAUCACCACCAGUAUACACAGCGGAUUUUCAGCCUCCAACCCAGCCUCCGGCCCAGCAAUAUAACCAGCCAAUAUUUCAGCCUGUUGGUCAGCAGUAUCCCCAAUCCACUGAUCAGCAAUAUUUCCAGCCUGAAGCCCAGCCGUAUCAACCGCCUGUUGACCCAUAUCUUCAGCAGCAAUAUCCUCAGCAGUAUUCUGUACCUGGUAUACAGCAAAAUACUCAGCAAUAUGCACAUGUAAAUGCUCAACAGCCGGUUGUGGUGUGUGUGAAUCCAGGUGUCGGGUCUGCUACGGUGGUGAAAGCAGUGGUUGCGCAACCAAAGCCCACUGAUUCUCCUGGAAAUAUGCUAUGUCCGUAUUGCCAGACCACAGUUGUGACCUCAAUUGAAUACAAACUGGGCCUCCUCACCUGGAUAAUUGUUGGAUCACUAUUUAUCAUAGGAUUCUGGCCCUGCUGUUUAAUCCCCUUCUGUGUGAAUGCUUGCAAGGAUGUGCAGCAUUCCUGUCCACAAUGCAACAAUGUCCUGCACACCCACAAAUUAUUGUGAAGCACAGUGAAACCAGCAGUGACCUGUAUAAAAGUUGACUUUCCAUUAUGGCUACAUUUAUUUUCGUACUAUCUUCUAUCAAAAUUUUACAAUGUUAACUUGUGUUGUAUUAUUCUAAAAGAUGUUUCAUAGUUAAAUGAUUGUACACAAAUCGUAACUCAAGUGUAUUUCUUCCUUCUGUUUAGUUGUUUAUGAUUCAUUGAUUUAACAAUAUACAUGAUGCAUGUAUUUUAUUGUUUCACUGGGGUAAUUUAAUCAGGUAUGGUAGUGGUUUUGUUGGCUAAAGUAAUUUCCUUUUACUAUAUAUAAUAAAACAUCGGAUCAAUGUUUAAAAGCAUUAUGAUUCUAACUGUAUACUAUAUGUAACAUACAAGAGAUAAGAUUAAUAAUAGAUCCUAAUUUUUUAUUUUUUUCUUGUUUUCCUUGGACCCUAAUACGUUUUUUUGAUCAUCCUGAAAUGUUGUGUGUAAAAAUACAAUGUGU